GAUUAGUCUGUUUUUGAGCCUCGCCUGAAACGGUCGCGGCUGCAGUCCAGCCCACAAAUCGAGUCAAGUGAUAACGCGGGAAACAAAGCACUGGAGAGAUGGGGCAAUCGCUGCCACUGCUCAUCCGCCUCGUCGUCGUCGUCUGGCUGACAAUUAGUACGGUCACCGCAUGUCCCCGGGCGCCCACCCACUUGAACCACGGUCGACGCACACGCGGCGACAAUGGAUACAAAUUAAUUGUGGCCGAUGGACCCAACGGAUAUGUGCCCGGCAAGACGUAUAAUUUGCUACUACUUGGAUCCAGAACUCAUACGAAAAUCCAGCAUUUCACCCACUUCACCAUCGCCGCGGAGGCCCACACCGGAGCACGUCGUCCCCAGGCGGCCAGUCCGAGGAGAGUGGGUCGCUUCCAGCUGUUUAGCGACUCCCUGACCCAGUUCAACGACCGAUGUGUGAAUACUGUUUCCGAGGCGGAUGAUCUGCCCAAAACGGAGGUGCAGGUCAUGUGGGUGGCUCCGGAGGCGGGUUCCGGCUGUGUGUCCCUGUCUGCGAUGGUCUACGAGGGUCCCAGGGCCUGGUUCGCGGACGAUGGUAGCCUAUCCACCGUGAUCUGUGAGCGAAAACCGGAUGCAGUUGCUGCACAAAAGGAAUGCUGCGCCUGCGAUGAGGCCAAAUAUAGCUUUGUUUUCGAGGGCAUCUGGUCGAAUGAAACCCAUCCCAAGGACUAUCCCUUCGCCAUCUGGUUGACGCACUUUUCCGAUGUCAUUGGCGCCUCGCACGAGUCGAAUUUCUCCUUCUGGGGUGAGAACCACAUAGCCACCGCGGGAUUCCGCUCUCUGGCGGAGUGGGGUUCUCCGACUGCUCUGGAAACGGAGCUGCGCGGAAAUGGGCCCAAAUUGCGCACCCUGAUCAAGGCAGCCGGAUUGUGGUACCCCCAUGUCAACCAGAACACCUCCGCCAAGUUCCGUGUGGAUCGCAAGCAUCCCAAGGUAUCGUUGGCGUCCAUGUUUGGACCCUCCCCGGAUUGGGUUGUGGGCAUAAGUGGACUGGAUCUCUGCACCGAGGAUUGCAGCUGGAAGGAGUCACUGGUCAUUGAUCUUUAUCCCUGGGAUGCAGGCACCGAUAGUGGCAUUUCCUACAUGUCACCCAACUCGGAGACACAGCCGCCGGAGCGAAUGUACCGCAUCACCACCAUGUAUCCCGAGGAUCCCAGGUCUCCCUUUUACAAUCCCCAGAGCCGCCAGAUGACUCCCCUGGCCAAGUUGUACCUGCGACGUGAGAAGAUUGUCUCCAGGAACUGCGAUGAUGAGUUCCUGCAGGCCCUCCAGUUGGAGGUGUCCGAUGAUGCCGAGGAGCAGGACACCAGAGCCGAAUGCCGGGUGAGUGACUACUCCGCCUGGAGUCCCUGCUCCGUGAGCUGCGGCAAGGGAAUCCGCAUGCGCAGCCGACAGUACUUGUAUCCCGCUGCAGCGGAUAAGAGCAAGUGCGUCCGCCAACUGGUGUCCAAGGAAAUGUGCGUGGCCUCCAUACCCGAGUGUCCUAGUGGAGGUGGCUCUUCCCAGCCAAGAGAUCGCGACGACGACGAGGGCGAGAACCUGGCCAACUCGCAGUCCCUGGUGGGCGACAAUGGCGAGGGAGCCGGCUUAUGCAAGACGUCGCCGUGGAGCGUGUGGUCAGAGUGCUCGGCCAGCUGCGGCAUCGGGAUCACCAUGCGGACGCGCACCUUUGUCAACCACUUGGGACGCAAGCGAUGCCCCCACAUCACCGUGGUGGAGAAGAACAAGUGCAUGCGGCCGGAGUGCAAGUUCGAGGAGGUGGAGCUGCCGGAUCCGAACUGCCCCACCACCCAGUGGAGCGACUGGAGUCCCUGCACCUCGACCUGCGGACGCGGAGUGACUAUCCGCACACGUGUGGUCCUGCUGGAGGAUGGAGCCGAUAAGGACAGCUGCACGCGACGCCUCGAGCUGCACCAGCAGAGGGAGUGCGUCAAUCCCACGGACUGCCACAUCAACGCGGAGCAGGCCAAGACCAUCUGCGUCCAGCCUCCAGAUGUGGGUCCAUGCAGGGGCACCUACAUGCGAUAUGCCUACGAUCCGCAGAGCGAGCGCUGUAGCGCCUUCACCUACGGAGGAUGUCGUGGCAACCGGAACAACUUCCUCACGGAGAACGACUGCCUAAACACCUGCAAUGCGGUCAGAUUGGGGUAUUCACCAAAAACUGAGCAACCCAAGGGGUGCGUUCUGUCAGAUUGGUCCCCCUGGUCCUCGUGCAGUGUUAGUUGUGGAGUCGGGUCCUCCGAAAGCCGUCGCCACGUGGUCAGCGAGCCCCAGAAUGGCGGACAGCCGUGCUCCAAGCGCCUGACCAAGUCGCGUCCCUGCUCCAUGCCGGCUUGCUAGGCAGGAAUCGAAUUUUUAUCCUCUGUUUACCACUUCUUCAAAAUUAAACUCCUUCUGAAAUCUUAAAGAAAA